AUGACCACUACCCCUGGCUUAGGGGAAUGGAAACCCUUUGGGAAUGGACUCGGUCGAGCUAGGCAAACUCGACCGAUUGGUCAAGGAGAUGCUCCAAACCGCCACCAACAGAGACAAGGGAUUGUUCCACCACCAGUGCAGAACCACAACUUUGAGAUCAAGCUGGGAAUGAUCAACCUUGUCCAGAACAAGAUGUUCCAUGGAUUGCCAAGUGAAGACCCCAUUGACCACCUUGAUGAGUUUGAUAGGCUUUGUGAUUUGACAAAGAUCAAUGGUGUCUCUGAAGAUGCCAUCAAGCUGAGACUCUUUCCUAUGUCUCUAGCUGACAAAGCUCACCAAUGGGAGAAGAGCUUGCCCCAUGGCACAAUCACCACUUGGGAUGAAUGCAAGAAGGCCUUUCUUGCUAAGUUUUUCUCCACCGGUCGCACAGCCAAGCUUAGAGGAGAGAUAUCCAGCUUCAUCCAGCGAAACAAUGAGACAUUCGCAGAGGCUUGGGAGAGGUUCAAAGGCUACACAAGUCAGUGCCCACACCAUGGAUUCAACAAUGAAUCACUACUCUCCACUCUUUAUAGAGGAUGCUUGCCUAGGUAUAGGGAGAUGCUAGACACAGCUAGCAAUGGGAACUUCCUCAACCAGGAUGUAGAUGAUGGCUGGCAACUUGUGGAGAACAUGGCCAUAUCAACAGAAUGCUAUGGAGAGCACUAUGAAAGUACAGAUUGGAGCUCGACCGCGCGCUCGAUCGAGCUGGACGCUCAGAUGAGAAAAGACAUGCUUGCACUCAACUCGAAGUUGGACAAACUGAUCCUAGCCCAAUUCCCUGCCAAGCAUGUCAACUAUGUCUCAGAACAAACCUAG